CGCGAGGGCAUGGGCGCGCUGCUCGCCCACUCGAUGGGCCUCGGGAAGACGCUGACGGCCAUCUCGCUCAUCGACGCGCUGCUCACGAGCGCGCCGCUGCGCGAGGCGGCGCGCGCCGGCGGCGUCGCCGGCUUCCGCACCGUGCUCGUCGUCGCGCCGGCGACCGUGCUGCAGAACUGGUGCGGCGAGGCGGAGAAGUGGUCAGAGCGGGCGAAGAUGAGCUACUUCUACUACCACGUCAAGGCGGAGCAGCCGCUCAAGAAGCGGAUCGCCACGCUGCGCGAGUGGGCGCGCGACGGCGGCGUCGCCGUCAUCGGGUACGAGGCGCUGCUCGCGCUCGUCAAGGGCAAGGCGCGCGAGCAGGCGGUGCCGCUGCUGCAGCAGCCGGGCCCCGAUCUGAUCGUGCUCGACGAGGGCCACCGCAUCAAGAACAUGCAGAGCAAGCAGCACGCUGCGCUCGCGGCGGUGCGCACCCGCCGCCGCGUCAUCCUCACGGGCACGCCGCUGCAGAACAACCUGAACGAGUACCACGCGAUGGUCGACUUCGUGCGGCCCGCGCUGCUCGGCACGGUGCCCGAGUUCCGCAACCGCUUCGUCGCGCCGAUCACCAACGGCAACACGCUCGACGCCUCGGCGGCCGACGUGCGGCUCUCGCGGCAGCGGAUGGCCGUGCUGCACGACCUUGUGCAGCCCUUGCUCCGCCGGCGCACCGCCGAGAUCCUGCGGCAGGCGCUGCCGCCCAAGCGCGAGAUCGCGCUCUCGUGCCGCCUCGCGCCCGUGCAGCGCUCGCUCUACAGCACCUUCCUCGAGCACGCCAAGGCGGCGUCGGGCGCCUCGGUGCGCGGGCUGCUCGGCGGCUACCAGACCAUGCAGCAGAUCUUCAACCACCCCGCCACGCUCUACCGCUGCGUCGACGCCAAGGGCGCGGCGGGCUCCAAGCGCGAGGCCUCGGGCUACGACUCGAUGGACGACUUCGUCGUCGAGGAGGACGACACCAGCGGCUCCGAGGGCGACGACAGCGGCGGCGAUCAAAUAUCUCAUCACACACACCUCUUUCACGACGACGAGCAGAUCGCCACCUCCUUCUCGCAGGCCGAGCUCUCCGAGCUGUGGUCGCUGCGGGACGAGGCGCCGCGCCCGUCGGCCGAGCUGCUCGCCGAGCCCGAGGCGCGUCAUCAGAGUGGCCGAGGCGGCGGAGGCGGCGGAGCCUGCUGCGGCGCUGCUGGCGCUUGGAGGCGGCGGAGGCGGCGGAGCUGA